UCCGAGACCACACAAAGAAUGUUGCAUCAUUUUAAGAUAAUCUCCACGGAACGAGAGCAACUUAGUAACAGCAGCCAUUCGGACAGUUAUAAUAACGAAUCAUCUGUUAACGAUAUCGAGGCCGAAGACCGUGAAAGUCAUCAUAACAUUGAAGAUAUUCCAAGGAUUCAAAAUAUCGAGCCACAACCCGUUAACACUUUAAACGAAAUGCAAAGUGAUUGGGACGAUAUUGAGGGCGAAAGCUCAAUGACUUAUUAUAGUUUUAGUGAAAUCAGAGAUAACAAUUCCAACAACAAUGUCAACGAAACUUCGCUCAAUGAUCCACAGCAGACAAUGAGUACGAAAAACAGCACAAAAGAUGGAUAUUCAGACUUGGGCAUACACAGAAUCGAGAAACUUAAAUGCACUCGAGACAUAUUAAGUGAGAUGAAGAAACACUCUAAACCACAUAUCUUUCAAUAA